CGGAGAGGCGCGGGGUCGGUGGGUGGGAUCCGGGCUUUGCCUUCCUUUUGUCCCUUGUGCAGCCGGCCGGCAGGAAGGGGUCGUGAGGACACGCAGGCGUGCUGGGCUUCGUCCUCCUCGGCCCGUCGGACUCGAGUCGCGCUGAGCUGCGCUGAAAAACCGGGGAGACAAUGGAGGCCAAAGCGGCAAGUCUAGAAGUAGAGGAGGAUCCCAAAGGUCUCAGGAAGCCCUCUGGCACAGCCCUUUCCAGACGCACCAAGGAGCAGCCUGGAUGGAGAGGCCUGCAAGAGGCUAAACAGGAGUCCUGCAGAGGGGUGCAGCAGCGCUGGGAAGCCCAGUGGCAGGAGUUCCUGAAGACGCUGCAGUCACCCUGCGUCGUGUGGGAGAACCCGGAGGUCUCGGAGGCGGCUCCCUGGGACGAUGCCAAGGCCUUCCUGGCCUCCUUCGAGCAAGUGGCCAAGGCCUGCCGGUGGCCUCGGGGAGAGUGGGCGGCCCGGCUCCUGCCAGCGCUGAGCGGAGAAGCCCAGCAGGCCUUCAGUUCCUUAGAAGCAACAGACAGGGAGGACUAUGAGAAGGUGAAGGCCACCAUCUUGCGAGGGGAUGCGAUCAAAAUGGAGGUGCAGCGCCAGCACUUCAGGCAGUUCCGCUACCAGGAGAUUGAAGACCCGCGAAGGAUUUACAGCCAACUCCAGGAGCUUUGCUGCCAGUGGCUGAAGCCGGAGCGGCACAGCAAGGAGCAGAUCCUGGAGCUGCUGAUCCUGGAGCAGUUCCUGGCCAGCCUGCCGCCCGACCUCCAGGGCUGGAUCCGAGCGGGAGGGCCGGACUCCUGUUCCCAGGCGGUGGCCCUGGUGGAGGACUUCCUGAUGAGCCAGCAGGAGACAGAGGCAAGGAAAUGGGAGGAGCCAUUGCACGAGCAGACCAGUGGUGCCUCGGAUGUGGAGGGAGCUCUAUCAGAGGCUGACCCAAAGCGAAUCCACAGAGAAGCCAAACAGAGCACUCACGGGGAGGUCGGUUUGCUUGGAAGCGGAAGCCAAUGCCUCAAGGAACCCAAUUCAUUGCUUCCUCCUGAAGGAAAAGAAACUGCCAAAGCUGGUCGGUCUGAGGGACCAAUGAGCCUCCAGGAAACAGGGGUGCCAUUACACGUGGUCGAGCCAGCUCCAACCCAGCCGGGCCAGCGGACCAUGUUCUGGCAAGUCAUGCAGGAAGAGGAUGGGGAUGCAGAUUCCUUGGAGGGACUGCUGGUUCCCAAACCUGAUCUCACCGCCCAGCCAGAAGAAGAGGAGGAGCAGGUGUUCAUCCAGUUUCCUGUAGAAAGCGAGAGACUCCCAGGCCAGGACUCGGGCCAUGUGACAAGAAGUCGGAUCAAGAUGGAGACCUCCAAGGUGAGAGAGACUGGAGCAUUAGCAGAACUAUCCCAGUGGAAUAUUCCAGUGGCACCAGCUCUUCAUGAACAAAGAUGUGAUGAGAAAAGAAGUCGGAUCAAGAUGGGGACCCCUCAGGAAAGACAGGUUGGGAGAUUAGCAGAGUUGUCCGAAUGGAAUGUUCCGGUGACAGCAGCCACUCUUGAGCAAAGAUGUGACGAGAAUAGAAGUCAGAUCGAGAUGGGAAGCUCUCAGGAGGGCGAGAUUGGGACAUUAGCAGAAUUAUCCCAGUGGAACAUUCCGGUGGCAGCAGCAAUUCAUGAGCAAAGAUGUGAUGAAAAGAGAAGUGUGAUCAAGAUGAAGAACUCUCAGCAGGGAGAGGUUUUGCCAGAAGAAAUGCACAGCACAUUAGCAGAGAUUUAUCAGUGGAAUGUACCUGUGACAGCAACGCUUUAUGAGCAAAGAUAUGAGUCCAAAGGGGAACAGGGGAAGAAGCGAGGGGAGGAAGAGGAAACCUCCAGUGCGUUCCCAGGAGGUCUUACCACUGUCAUGAGCGAACCCUCCACCUUACAGUCUAAGCCAAAAAAACUCUUGGUCUCCAGGCUUGGUAGAAAAUGCAAUUACAGGUUAGGAAUUGUAAUGAAGCAUGCUGGAGAAGACCACUAUGUGUGUCCUGUGCUGGGGGGAAAUGAUCAGCAAAAAGCAUGUCUUGUUACACACCAGAGAAUCCAAACUGGAAAGAAGUCAUAUGACUGCUCUGAGUGUGGGAAAAGCUUCCAUCCGAGAUCUAAGCUUAUUCGACAUCAGAAAAUUCAUACAAGAGAAAGUCCUUAUGAAUGCCUCGAGUGUGGGAAAAGCUUCAUUUCUAGAGGAACAUUAAUGGUCCAUCAGAUAAUCCAUACCGGAGAAAAACCGUUUGGAUGUCUUCAGUGUGGGAAGUGCUUCAAUCAGAGAACAAACUUGUUGAGACAUCAGAGGAUCCACACUGGUGAGAAAGUACAUGAAUGCCCCAAGUGUGGGAAAAAGUUUUAUAGGAAAGAUAAGUUGAUUCAACAUCAGAGAGUUCAUACAGGAGAAAAACCCUACAAAUGUCCUGAUUGUGGGAAAAACUUUACAGUUAAGGAGAAAUUACUAAGACACCAGAGAAUUCAUCUAGAGUAUUAAUAUAGUUUAUGCCUGAAGCAUAAUGAAAGUCUGUCUUACUACACAUGAGAGAAUCCCACAUGCAGAGGCAAAGUUGGUCAAUACCAUACAAGUUUUAUAAUAGGCUACACACAAAUUUUGUGUGCCUUAAUCAUAAGCAGGAUGAUUAGUAUGAUUACCUUAAAUACUGUAAAUCCCAGUCCUACACAGAUUUAGCACAUUCCACUCAUGAUAUGUAUAAAACAGAAGACUUCCAGAAUAAAAAAGGAAUUUUAAAACUGUUUGACUAAAAGUGAGGUAGCACGUUUGCCUUUUGUCAUGUAUCUGCUACCACACUUUAGCUUUUGGCCAUUGUGUACAAUUGUGGGUAUUCACUAUAAGGAAAUGUGAAUUUUGCAAAGUUCUAUAAGCAAAAUAGCAAAACACAGAAAUUGCAAGUUCCUGCCUCCUAGGAACAGAUGCCCUAAACUCUACCAAAUGCUUUUUGUGCAGUUUAGACAAGUGGCACCUCCAUCCAACUCAAACUACAAUUUCAUGGGGGUGACCAACUUUUUCUAGGUGUCUGUAACUAGCUCACCAUAGAUUACAGUUUUUAGGUUUUACAUUAACAUGAAAAAAACUUCCCCAACAGAAC